AUGUCGGCGAAACAGACUAGCAGUUGCCUCUGGUUAACUCUGAUCCUGCUGGCCAUGUUUUUACACUCCUCCGAGUGCCAGUACUACGGAUAUCCCUAUUACGGCGGUGGUGUGGGGGCGGGAGCCGGAGCGGGCUCUGCGUACGGAAACAUUUAUGGCAACGGCGCGUACGGAGGAUACCCCUACGGCUAUGGCGGAUAUCCAUACUACUCGACGUACCCCAGCUACGGCUACAACCCGUACUCGAUGUACGGCGGAUACGGGCAGUAUGGGUAUCCCUCGUUUGGCGGAUAUCCCUACGGGGGCAACGGCAUGAGCACGGCCUACGCCAGCAGCAGCGGAGGAUUUGCCACGGCCAGUGCGGGCAACGGCGGAUACUACGGCUGAUACAGUGUCCAGUGACCAGAGAUCAGUGAUGUGCUCCAAGCACCCUAGCCUAGUUUAGCUGUAAAUAUUAGUUAAGUCUUUCUCCUACUAUGUUUAGUGUUUUACCUGUAAUAAAUACACAAAGUAUUUCAUCAGGGUCUUAACAAGUGUUCAUAUCAUAUUAUAUUUCUAAAAACAUUAGGUAGAUAUGUUAGAUAUGUUUACA